ACCUUGCCUUCUGUGAAUACGUGUAUGUUUCAGGUGAUAAAAAAUAGUUCGGCUCAUAAUAUUUUCACAUUUAUGCAGAGUUGUUAUCUGGUUUGAUUCGCGAUAAGCUGCGCCAUGCCGCUGGUAAUCUUAUCAUUGAGUGAUAAUAGUUAUAAGUGUCAGUGAGUUAUGUGCUGUGCGCACCGUUGGUACUUGCGGCACAGGCAACUUCUCCAGAGUUCGAUUGGCACGUCUUAUAAUAGUGUGCAUUUGUGAGUGACCAUGAAAGUGAAGCAUCUUUGCCUAUUGUCGCUGGCUCUUAUUGCGCUUACAACCGUAAGAGGGCAGAAUGGCGAUGAUAUUCCGAUGGAAAAUGAUAACCAAUUCCCACCUGAACAGCAAGCCGCACCAAACGAUGGGGACGUUCUGGAAGGAAGUGGAAGUGGGCCCAUAGAGCAAACAGACACUACUGAUAAACCCUCUAGUACAACAACAGAACAACCACAAAUUGAAGAUAUGUUUGAUCCAUCUAACAAACUGUUGAAUGAACCCGACAUCAUUGAUAAGCAAGAUAAAGGUGAUAUUGGUCAAUUAUCUUGCCCUGAAAAAUGUUCAUGUAACGCGGAAGGCGAAGAUUUUACAACAGAAUGUUCAGGUUUAGAGUUAUCAGAAUUACCUACAGGAAUUGACAAUAAAACGACAAAACUGAAACUACAGAACAAUAAAUUGACUGAAAUACCAAAAGAAAUAUCUUCAUUAAUAAACCUAAAGUUUUUGAAUGCUAGUAACAAUUUGAUUCAAGAUUUGGCUCUUGGAUCAAUCAGUACUUUAUCUGGACUACGUGUGCUAGACUUACAGAAAAAUCGUUUGUUACAAUUUCCAAUGGAUUUGCAGAACAGCUUUGAUUUGACAAAAUUAGAAACAUUGAAUCUGGGACGCAAUGACAUACGAGAGAAACUAUCAUCCGACGUAUUGGGGAAAUUCACGUCUCUUGAAAAAAUAGUAGUGCCUUCAAACGCGUUUGAUGAACAAGUAGAAGUGGGAUUGUGUAAAUCUUUGACAAACAGUCUGAAAAUCAUAUGCGUUGAAACAUGCGAGAAGGAAAUAAAUUGUCCAGAUUAUCAAGGUGGUAUUGAACAUGAUAUGCUUGAAGCAAAGAUUCCAGCAACUAUAUUCCUUGACGACGACUCGGAAAGUGAUCCAACAAUAAAUACCCCUGAUAUAAAUUACGGAACCCCUAAUGCUGUUAAUAAUGAGACCGCAUCGGACAAAGAACCAAUCUCUACACUGAAUCCUGAAAAUGGGUCGCAAGACGCUCCUGAAACUUCAUUAAAUGAUUUGGGCAAAACAGAAGAAGCUGCAGCAAUUUCAAAGUUCAGCACUUUAGUAGAAGCUGGAAACUCCGAUAUAUCAGUAAAUGUCCGAAAAGUUGAUAUUCCAGCGGUUAAUUCCGAAAAUAAACAAGAAGAAACUCAAACAGAUAAAAACGAGUCGUCUAAUUAUAAAGUUGGUGCCACGACAUCAGAUUCAAAAUCCGGAGGUGUAAAUAAAAGUACUAUUGGAAUAAUAGUAGCCUGUAUGGUGGUAAUAGUUGCUGGAAUUACAAUAAAAAAGAAUUGGACUAAUAUUAGAAAGAGAUUUAGCUCUGAUUCUAGAACACCAGAUCGCCCAGUUGGUAACACGAAUGGUACAACAUCACCAGAAGAAGUGCCUCUGCAAGACAAAUCCCCCGUUUAAGGACAUAAGUUUAAUUUAGCUAGUGUGUCAUAUUUGACUUUUGUGGUUUCGAUCUGAAUGUCAUUAUUUAUUGCCAAAAUUGGUUCAGAAUUGUAGUAGGAAGUAGAAGUUGUGAAAAAUAGGGAAAUAUUUUGUAUGUGAUUCUUAAUACAUAUAAAAAGCGUGUCAUUAUUGCGUAAAACGUAUGUUUCUCGUUGGAAAGCGUAAGCUUACGUUUACAACUUUGUUUAAUGAUAAUUUAUCUUAAGAUAGCAUUAAUAAGCACGUUAAAUACAUUGUUGGCUCUGUCUACCCCGCAAAGGAUAUAGACGAGAUAAUAUGUUAUGUUAAAAUACAUUGUUGUUAAAAUUUAAUUUUAUAAAUUAGAAUGAUUAUGUUGUUAGAAUAUUUUCUCCCUUUACAAAAUACAUUUUUUAUAGUCGGCAACAAUUAAUAUGUAAGUUAAGUUUAAUGGUUGUUAAUCCAGAAUAAGGGAAAGAUAAUAAUAUAUGUAAAUAAAUUCAUAUACUCGUAAUAAGAGAACUUUUUUCCUAUAUGUUUUGUACUUAAAGAGUAAAUAAAAAAGUUUAAGUUAAAA